AUGUCCAUGUCCACGUCCACGUCCACGUCCACGUCUUCGUCCAAGUCCUCCACGUCCAUGUCCACGUCCAUGUCCAUGUCCACGUCCACGUCCACGUCCAUGUCCACGUCCACGUCCAUGUCCAUGUCCACGUCCAUGUCCACGUCCACGUCCACGUCCACGUCCACGACCACGUCCACGUCCACGUCCACGUCCACGUCCACGUCCACAUCCACGUCCACGUCCACGUGUGGGUCCACGUCCACGUCCAUGUCCAUGUCCACGUCCACGUCCAUCCCGCCCCAUUCUCCCGCUUUCCAUCACCCCGCCCCAUUCCUCGCUUCCCAUCAUCCCGCCCCAUUCCCCCGCUUUCCAUCACCUCUCCACAUUCUCCCUCCUUCCAUCACCCCGCCCCAUUCUCCCCCUUUCCAUCACCCUGCCCCAUUCACCCGCUUUCCAUCACCUCGCCCCAUUCUCCCGCUUUCCAUCACCCCGUCUCAAUCUUCUGCUUUCCAUCACCCCGCCCCAUUCUCCCGCUUUCCAUCACCCUGCUCCAUUCACCCGCUUUCCAUCACCCCGCUCCAUUCUUCCGCUUUCCAUCACCCCGCCCCAUUCUCCCGCUUUCCAUCACUCCGCCCCAUUCUCCCGCUUUCCAUCACCCCGCCCCAUUCUCCCGCUUUCCAUCACCCCGCCCCAUUCUUCCGCUUCCCAUCAUCUCGCCCCAUUCCCCCGCUUUCCAUCACCCCUCCCCAUUCUCCCUCCUUCCAUCACCCUGCCCCAUUCUCUCGCUUUCCAUCACCCCGCCCCAUUCUCCCGCUUUCCAUCACGCCGCCCCAUUCUCCCGCUUUCCAAUACCCCGCCACAUUCUCCCGCUUUCCAUCACCCUGCCCCAUUCUCCCCCUUUCCAUCACCUCGCCCCAUUCUCCCUCCUUCCAUCACCCCGCCCCAUUCUCCCGCUUUCCAUCACCCCGCCCCAUUCUCCCUCCUUCCAUCACCCCGCCCCAUUCUCCCUCCUUCCAUCACCCCGCCCCAUUCUCUCGCUUUCCAUCACCCCGCCCCAUUCUCCCGCUUUCCAUCACGCCGCCCCAUUCUCCCGCUUUCCAAUACCCCGCCCCAUUCUCCCGCUUUCCAUCACCCUGCCCCAUUCUCCCGCUUUCCAUCACCCCGCCCCAUUCUCCCUCCUUCUAUCACCCCGCCCCAUUCUCCCGCUUUCCAUCACCCCGCCCCAUUCUCCCUCCUUCCAUCACCCCGCCCCAUUCUCCCUCCUUCCAUCACCCCGCCCCAUUCUCCCGCUUUCCAUCACCCCGCCCCAUUCUCCCGCUUCCCAUAACCCCACCCCAUUCUCCCGCUUUCCAUCACCCCGCCACAUUCUCCCACUUUCCAUCACCCCCUUCUCUCUCCUUCCAUCACCCCACCCCAUUCUCCCUCCUUCCAUCACCCUGCCCCAUUCUCCCGCUUUUCAUCAGCCCGCCCCAUUCUCGCGCUUUCCAUCACCCCUCCCCUUUCUCCCGCUUUCCAUCUCCCCGCCCCAUUCUCCCGCUUUCCAUCACCCCGCCCCAUUCUCCCGCUUUCCAUCACCCCGCCCCAUUCUUCCGCUUCCCAUCAUCCUGCCCCAUUCCCCCGCUUUCCAUCACCCCUCCCCAUUCUCCCUCCUUCCAUCACCCCGCCCCAUUCUCUCGCUUUCCAUCACCCCGCCCCAUUCUCCCGCUUUCCAUCACCCCGCCCCAUUCUCCCGCUUUCCAUCACCCCGCCCCAUUCUCCCUCCUUCCAUCACCCCGCCCCAUUCUCCCGCUUUCCAUCACCCCACCCCAUUCUCCCUCCUUCCAUCACCCCGCCCCAUUCUCCCUCAUUCCAUCACCCCGCUCCAUUCUCCCGCUUUCCAUCACCCCGCCCCAUUCUCUUGCUUCCCAUAACCCCACCCCAUUCUCCCGCUUUCCAUCACCCCGCCACAUUUUCCCACUUUCCAUCACCCCGCCCCCUUCUCUCUCCUUCCAUCACCCCGCCCCAUUCUCCCUCCUUCCAUCACCCCGCCCCAUUCUCCCGUUUUCCAUCAGCCCGCCCCAUUCUCCUGCUUUCCAUCACCCCGCCCCAUUCUUCCGCUUCCCAUCAUCCCGCCCCAUUCCCCCGCUUUCCAUCACCCCUCCCCAUUCUCCCUCCUUCCAUCACCCCGCCCUAUUCUCCCACUUUCCAUCACCCACCGCAAUCUCCCGCUUUCCAUCACCCCGCCCCAUUCUCCCGCUUUCCAUCAACCCGCCCCAUUCUCCCGCUUUCCAUCACCCUGCCCCAUUCACCCGCUUUCCAUCAACCGCCCCAUUCUCCCGCUUUCCAUCACCCCGCCCCAUUCUCCCGCUUUCCAUCACCCCGCCCCAUUCUGCCGCUUUUCAUCACCGCGCCCCAUUCUCCCGCUUUCCAACACCGCAGCCCAUUCUCUCGCUUUCCAUCACCCCGCCCCCUUCUUCCUCCUUCCAUCACCCGCCCCAUUCUUCCGCUUUCCAUCACCCCGCCCCAUUCUCCCGCUUUCCAUCACCCCGCUCCAUUCUCGCGCUUUCCAUCACCCCGCCCCAUUCUCCUGCUUCCCAUAACCCCACCCCAUUCUCCCGCUUUCCAUCACCCCGCCACAUUUUCCCACUUUCCAUCGCCCCGCCCCCUUCUCUCUCCUUCCAUCACCCCGCCCCGUUCUCCCUCCUUUCAUCACCCCGCCCCAUUCUCCUGCUUUCCAUCAGCCCGCCCUAUUCUCCCGCUUUCCAUCACCCCGCCCCGUUCUCCCGCUUUCCAUCACCCCGCCCCAUUCUUCCGCUUCCCAUCAUCCCGCCCCAUUCCCCCGCUUUCCAUCACCCCUCCCCAUUCUCCCUCCUUCCAUCACCCCGCCCCAUUCUCCCACUUUCCAUCACCCGCCCCAUUCUCCCGCUUUCCAUCACCUCGCCCCAUUCUCCCACUUUCCAUCACCCCGCCCCAUUCUCCCGCUUUCCAUCACCCCACCCCAUUCUCCCGCUUUCCAUCACCCCGCCCCAUUCUCCCGCUUUUCAUCACCCCGCCCCAUUCUCCCGCUUUCCAUCACCCCAGCCCAUUCUCUCGCUUUCCAUCACCCCGCCCCCUUCUUCCUCCUUCCAUCACCCCGCCCCAUUCUCCCUCCUUCCUUCACCCCGCCCCAUUCUCCCGCUUUCCAUCACCCUGCCCCAGAGAAUGGGGCGGGGUGAUGGAAAGUGGGAGAACGGGGCGGGGUGA